GUUUCCUUGGUUAAAUGUUUAUUGGCAAGCAGUCAGUAUCUCGUACAUUGGAAUCCAACGGUUAACUCUAAACGAAUAAUUCCAAGCGUUAUAAAGUGAUAUUUAAAUGGAUUAUAAAAUAAAAUCUUGAUAAAAAAAAGAUUCAUUUAAUGAAACGUCAAAAGGAAUGUGUUGUCUGCUAGGAGAAGGUGGCGUCGCAUAUAUUGAUUGUGUGAGGGGUAGUGCGGGGUGGCCGGCAUGCCAAAGGCCGACAGAUCCCACUAUUUUUCUAACGGUCUCGCGGAAAAUCGCAGCCUAAGGUGAUAAAUGAAAGAUUCGUAAUGGACGGGAGAUGAUGCCGGGCACCUCUCGUCAAACGGGAACUCCCAGCGGUGGACCUGAAUGGGACACGUUGAUGGAGGUUCACCAUGAGCCAAUUGAAAAGCAUUAUGAAUUGUUGGAGGAGAUUGGCAAAGGACAGUUUGCUGUGGUACGAAAAUGUAUGGAAAUAAAAACUGGGAAUGUUUUUGCUGCCAAAAUUAUGAGGAAACGCAGGGUAGCCAGGGGUGUGGCUGCAGCAGAUAUUGCUCGAGAAGCUGGUCUCCUAGCAAGAUUAAGGCAUCCUAAUAUUGUGUCUUUGCACAAAGUCAUAGAUACUGGUACAACAGUGGUAUUAUUAUUAGAAUUGAUCUCUGGCGGAGAAUUAUUCCACUGGACGCCAUCAAGUGAAAGUGAAGCAGCGCAUGUAGUAAGACAAGUUUUAAUGGCAUUAAGUCAUUUACAUUCCCAUCAUGUGGCUCACUUGGAUAUAAAGCCUGAAAACAUUCUUCUUUCUACACCACCACCGAUGCCCAGUAUAAAACUUAUAGAUUUGGGUUUGUCUCAUCGUUUGGCUCCUGGCUCAGAGCAUAGAGCAUUGUUUGGCACUCCUGAAUUCGUCGCACCAGAAAUUGUAAAUUACGAACCAUUAAGUUUAGCAACUGAUCUUUGGGCAGUCGGAGUAUUAACUUACAUUUUGCUGAGUGGUGCAUCUCCAUUUCUAGGCGACGAUAAGCAGGAAACUUAUGCAAACGUUGCAGCAUGCCAGUAUCAAUUUGAUAAAGAGUACUUUAACACAGUUUCUGCAAUUGCCAAGGAUUUUAUAAGAUCCUUGCUCGUCAAGGACCCAAAGCGAAGAGGAAGUGCGGAGUCGUGCCUUAAACAUCCUUGGAUUCUGACGGAAUCAGAAGGAUCCCAAGGUCUUGGAGGAGCAAUGAUCAGCGCCGUAAGACGCGGUUGCGUCGAAGCAGUUUCCCAAUUGCUUCAACAAGGUGCUCCGUUGGAUGCUAAGGAUUUGGAAGGUGAUACACUUUUACAUAUUGCCUGCGAAGCCGGCGACGAGGAGAUGGCUUCUCUUUUAAUAGAAAAUGGUGCCGAAUUGGAUAUCCCGAAUGAAAAGGGUCUUACACCACUACACGUGGCAGCCCGACAUGGUCACAUAAAUCUUGUGAGACUCUUGUGCCUUGCAGGUUGUGACGUGGAUAAAACAAAUCGUGGAAUCCGAGCCGACGUGACGGCCAUCAAGUAUGGUCAUCUGGAUAUUGCGAGCUUGUUAGACAAGUUGAGAAACUCAACACAGAGAGAAAAUUUUAUAAGUCAACUUCAGCCUACGCAGAGACCCAUUGACCGUCUUCAUGUUCGACUCCUGGGGCACUGCGCUUCAGGAAAAUCUUCUCUUGUUCGAUCUUUGAAAUCUGGUAUCUUCAGUUUUGGCUUCUUUAGACGAUCCAGAAGUCAAAAUUAUACUCCUAAAAGGGAUUUAAGCAUUGAACUGGAUGUAACUAGUAAACAUGGCUCACUCAGUUUUGAAUAUAGUGACAAUGAGUACGAAGGAACUCCAGGAGUUGAAUGUACUCGAGGGCAUGCAGGAGGAGACUGCGUAUUUUGGGAAUUAUGCGGCAGGGAAGAAUUUCUAGCAUCUUAUCACUAUGUACUUACAUUUCAACUACCUGCUGUGCAUCUCAUAACUAUCAGUCUUAGAGAACCUCUGACAGUUCAGCUGCAACAGGCCAGAUUUUGGUUACGUUUUAUCUUGGAUCGCAUUCCUCCAAAUAAUAUUGGUAAGACAAUGCACGAGAUGCUGAUAAAAAAAAUUGGCUUCACAUUUUUCUCAAUAAUUUGCAUUUUAUUCUUCCCUCAAGGAUUUGCUGGUAGAUUCAACGAAGUCAAGGUAAUCCUGGUGGGCACUUAUGCACCAGAAUCACCAAAUCCAAGCGGAAAUGGAACAAACUUACUCUCGCCACUACUACCGUUUUUACAAGAAUUUACAUCAAUUUUGGGGGAUGAACCUCAAAUGGUAGCUUUGGAUGCUACUAAUCCUUCUAGUCCAGGCCUAAAGCUACUUCGAUCCUACUUAAACAACGCACGAGCUGAGUUUGUGGAGGAUGGACCGGAAGUCGGAGAAUAUUUUCUUCGACGUGACACGUCGCGUGCAGCGGCCAUGUACGCGCCCCUGGCGAAUCUUGAUAAACAGGGCGCCCUGGCGUGGACGGGUCUUGCUGAAGCCUGGAGAAAUUAUAUUCAGGCUCUAGAAGACCCUCCGGUGAUGUUUACUUUUGAUGAGUUUAUAACGGAAGUUAGGAAGAUCAAUCCUCUGGUUUCUCUAGAGCAUUGUAAAAUACUUACGCAACAGCUGCAGGCUCUUGGAGAGUGUUUGAUUCUACCUGGUGACCUCAUUGUUUUGUGUCUCGAUUGGCUGUGGAAAGAUGUAAUAGGAUGGCAAUUGAGUCCUGAACAAAGAGGACGUCUUGGAGGACGCACCACUGGAGUUUACACGUUGGAAGACUUUCAAGCCCGGUGUCCUUGUCCUGCUGGUCAAGCUCUGCAAGUUUUACAAGCCGUCAACCUGUGUGUUCCAUGCGAGGUAGAUGACGAUGAAGUGGAAUUUGAAAUUCCAUGCUUAAAUUUGGUAGAACGUCUUCCCGGUCUUUGGGAACCAUGGAAACCUUGUCCAAAUGCUUUUCCGCAUGCAGGAGUUCGUCUUUGUCCGGGAGAAGCUUCUUUGUAUCAUCUAUCACCUAUAUUUCCUCAUUUUCAGGCUCAGCUGAGAAGGACUACGCAGACCUGGGAUCCUCAGGAUUCAGAUCUCUAUCAGUGGUGGCGAGGAUCAAAAUUAUGUGUUGGAGCAUGCGAGACUAUAAUAACUCUCGAAGAAGAGGAUCAGGGUUACGUGGAAAUAAGAGUCCGAGGUCCUAGAGGAACGAGCGCUCAGUGUUCCACAUUACUUAAUGUUGUAUUCGAUGCUAUGGACGCAACUAUUGAAAUUGUUUCACCGGGUAUGCUGCUCGAGAGGCAUUGGUUAAGUCCUAGCCAACUACGAGAUUACGACGAGGUAAUACAUUCAUGGGAGCCAGCAACGUUUUUAUCUUCCCUCCUGGAGAAAAGCUUGGAAGAAUCUACUUUCAAGAAUCCUUUCAAUGGCUGCCAAGAGAGUAUUUGGGAUACCGUGGGGUGUGGCCUUCCUCUUGCGGAUAAUAUUAUUCCUGGACCAAAGCUGCCUAUAAAACACAUUAAAUCAGCAGUACAGAGAAGAUUGGCGCAGAUGCUUGAUCCGCCUGAUUCUCAUGGACGAGACUGGUGCCUCCUGGCUGUGAGGUUAGGUCUGGGAGAUCGCGUUGCGCAAUUGGACAGCACUGUCAAUAGUCCAACCUUAAGAUUGUUCGAUUGCGCAACUACAGAUUGCACGGUGGGAUCGCUCAUCCGACAACUUCGUGCUCUUGGCCGUGAAGAUGCCGUGCACUUGUUACUGACGCAUACCCCUACGUUCAUCCUGUCAAUGGCCGUCGAUUCUGAAACUGGUUCGAAUCUCUCAAGAUGACGAUGCUGCUCCAAAGAACGUUGGAUCAGUACAUUUUAGUUUUUUCUAUCGAAUUUUAUUCACCUUAAGGAUAUUACAAAUUAGCGAAAGCACUACCGUUUCCGCCCAGUCUAACGUAUUACGUGCUAAGUUAACGUCUAAAAGUCUCAGAAGACAAUAUUAUUAGCGGAAACGAUGGGAAUCUUGUAAACCUAUCGUCUCCAUCAUUAUUUUUUUCUCACAAAAAGGUAUUGAAAUAUAGUGAUAUCAGGGGUUAUAGUAUAAUCUUUCGUUGCUCGAUCCAAGAUGAAAUAAUUCAAAAUUAUAUAAUUCUAAUAUUGUAGAUGAUAGUUGCGAUUAACAUGCUGAAUUGAUUCCUUCCUUUAAUCAAUAUAGCUAAAUCUAUGCCGUAGCUUUUACCUUAAUAUGAAGAAACGGCUUCAGUCAAGGCUCUUUAGAAAUUUGGGUUAAGGUUCUCGACCGUGUUUGCUAACACGAUUUUCAUGUACGCGUAACAUUUUUCUUUAUCACUGCCUGUAAUAUGAUCGGCUACGUUGUGCUCUCCGCACUUAUUUAUCUUUAAUGAAAAUAUUGUCCACUCUAGCCAUUCGUUAGUGAAACCUCUUCUCUUUCUUUAUCUUAUUUUAAUCGAGCGAAUGGUUAUGUACUUGGCAUUCGUUAUGUACUUGUACCAUUGGUAGAUUAACGCGUCUCUUUAGAUAUUGCCUUUACACGCGUACUUAAUUUUAGCUUGUAAAUAUCAAGAAGAAAAAACGCACAAAUGCUGCCUUCAACCUCGUUACGAUACGAUUGACUGUUGCAAAAUGUGUUUUCUAACUUUAAUCAUCGUUAUUAACGCCUUCACUAUGUGCCAUAUUCACCGUUUGUUCAUUAUUUACUAGUGCCAAUAAGGCCACUUAUACUAUUUGCCUUAGCUAGUUGAUCUUUGAUCUAUACUGUUGCGUGAAAACUCUUUGUUAUCCUACUUCAGGUCAGUUUGUAAGGGUGUUUGCCCAAUGAUUUUCAAGUUCUUAUCAGUAAGGCUGAGGCAGUCCACAGGUAAUGUACUUUCACAGGAAAAUAAUGUGAUAUAAAGAAGAUAGCGUGUGACCUUCUGAUAAAGUGGAAUGCAAUUUGUCAAGUUAGCUUCAGAUAUGACUGGUUUUUUGUGCCCUGAAAUUUAAAACGAAAAAUGACGUGUGUGGCCAUGGUAUGUUAAUAUGAACGAAUGUCUGACGUUUGGUAAUGUGGUAUUUACCAUAUUUUUUAACGCCGUUAAAAUGAUUAAAUAAUAUUUUAUGCAGCGAAAGACUAGCUUUCAUGGUCACACAUGAUCUAUGUAAUUGGCAAAUUUAUCAGUUACUAAAAUAUUCUCUGACGGAUAUAUCCUUAGAUAGACCUUUGACUUGCUUUGAAAUAUAAAUUUAUUGAUUGUGUGCAUCAAUUAUAUUGAUAAAACCGAAAAAAACCUCUCGAACGAGUUUAACGACUGUUAAAGACGUUAUUUGUCGGUGGUUCGUUAAUAUAUUCCUAUUAUGAAAUUCCAUGGUUUACAAGAAGGAAAUAAAAUCUGCUACGCCGCCCUGUGUCAGAGGAUGCUUUGUAAUAGCGUGCGUAACUCAUCUUGUUAACUGUUCUGAGAACUUUGUAUGCGCACGAAUAUUUUCAUUGACUAGUCGAUAGAAAAAUUUAAUUAUUGCAUACAAAUAAUGUGUAUAAUUAAUUAACAUUGUCGCUUGCAAUGAAUCCUUGUUUUUCUAUCAGUAUGAAAUAGACGUAAAGUUUCUUAUAAGGAUAAAAUAACCGAGUGACACUCUUGGCAGGAAUUUUCAAACUGGAUGUCAAGUUUGAAUUGACGUACUUGUAGCUCGGACUUUUUGAACGUCUUUUUGCACAACUAUCUCUGCUGAAUUGUCAAAAUUCUUUUUAUACGUCUGGACAGCAAAUGCACUUUUUCCUAUCUAGUUAACAGCAUGUUAGAUUCACUGCGACGAUACUGUUUCUAUAAUUUUUAUUCAUAACGGCGGCGAAGUGCCAAACAAAUUUUAUGCAAGUAUCGAUCCGACUGAGUUUCAUGAUACUGACUUAUUUUAUUGAUUUUUUAAUUACUACUUUUUGAAAAUAACGUAGAUCCUUUUUCGAGUAAUUUGUCAGAAUUUUUUGUAUGCGUCUGUCAAUGUUUGUGAAAUAUUUUUGUAAGUGAGAUGUCUUGUUAUCAUUAGACAAAGGGAAAAGAUUUUGUAAUGCAGUCUUAUUUCUGUGUUUCAAACCUCUUAUGAUGUAGAUUGAUUUGAGUAAUGUCAGUAAAAAUAUUAUUAUUAUGAAAUUUAAAAAUGAUCUUUCACGCGAAUCACGUAUAUAUUGCAUUUAUAAAGAUUACUACGUCUAUUCAUGAAUACAACGAUUAAAAGCGUUCGUAUUUAUUUAUUAAUUUAUAAGAUACAUGCAUAUCUGUAAAUUGCACGUAAGGCCGUCUUAUAGGAUCUGUGCUUUUGUUUAAAAAAUUGUUGCACGUGUGUUUGUGUCUAUAUAAUAUACAUUAUGUUAUAUUUCUGUAUUUAAUUUCGGGGAAGCUCGGUUAAUCGCAUCGAAAUAAUAUAUUUCUUAUUGUUACUCGUUAAAUAAUAUUUAUUAAAAUAAAUUUUUAUUUUCAGCUGUAAUCAAAAAGAGUCAUGCAAAACUUUGCGUUAAUUCAAAAUUCUUGAAGAUUUUUCAUCCUCUUAUUUAACUGCGUGUGAUUUGAUGUGUACGAUGAAAAACAAAGAAAUGCAGAAGGAAUUAUUUUUUUCAAAGUACUGAUUUUAUAUUUAUUAUUACGUCAUAAAGCUCAGAACAAAUAAUUGUUACGGGUGCAAAGACUGUUGAAAAAAUAUAAUGACAUUAUUGACUCUUCUUGUUUACACGCAAGACAUUUUUUAAAAAUAAUUUUUAUUAAGAUAAUUCAUGAAAAUAUUGUUUUUCGGUCAUGGUGAUACUUAACAAUUUUAUUACUUUUUUUUUAUAAUUAAUGAAAAUGUACGCGUACUCGUAUACGUAUAACAUUAAUCUUUUUAUACCUAAAAAGUCUGUCGCAUGCAUGAGACACAUGUGUCAUUCGCAGAACUCGUACGUUCUACAAACACUGUGUAAUCCUGAUGAUGAAUUUAAAUAAUUGCGAACUUUAUAAGUCUCCGAACGAAUAUAUAUUAAUCACACUAAUGAAAUAAAAUUGUUUAACGCUGUAUCUUACA